GGGCCAAGAAUUACCCCAAUUUGGCGCCUACUCUCACUGUCUUUAACCUUUAGACGAUUCACAGGCAGCCUGUUCUCCACUUUCGCCACUCUCCCUCCUUCUCUCAGACCAAAACUUUUCCCGCGCCAAAAAUCGAAGUUGCAGGUCUAGAUAACGAAGAACACUGAAAAAUGGAAGAGAAAUCAUCUACUAUACCCAAAUCCCUCAUAAAUCAAACUGUUGUUCCUGGUGAUGUAGUCUUGGAUCUCUCAAAAAUGGCGGAACUUACCAUUAAACUCGGGAGUGGUCUUCGUCAGGAUGGUGAUGUAAUAUCUGUCACAAAAGCUGGCAAAUUGAGAUUCACAAAGCCUAAUAAAUAUUGGGUUGAAGGCUCACAUAAAAGGUAUGUACCUUGUGUGGAGGAUCAUGUUCUUGGCAUAGUGGUGGAAUGCAGAGCUGAUAACUUUCUUGUGGACAUCAAGGGACCCACAUUGGCAGUUUUGCCUGUGAUGGCUUUUGAAGGAGUAAUUAGGCGUAAUAUCCCAAGGUUUGAGAUUGGAACCUUGCUUUAUGCUCGUGUUGUUAAGACAAAUGCUGGCAUGAACCCAGAGCUAUCGUGCACAGAUGCAAACGGUAAAGCAGCAGAAUUUGGCCCACUUAAGGAAGGUUACAUGUUUGAAACAUCAACUGGGCUUUCACGAAUGCUUUUGAGUACUCCCACAUGUCCAAUUCUUGAGGGUCUUGGAAAGAAGCUGUCUUUCGAGAUUGCUGUUGGUUUAAAUGGCCGAGUUUGGGUGAAUGCUGAAUCUCCAUCAACAGUGAUUUUGGUUAGUAAUGCAAUCAUGAAAUCAGAGUCUCUAAGUGCCGCACAACAAAAGAUUACUGUAGAUAAACUGCUUCAGAGAGUACAAUGAUCUGCAGUAUUGAUAAAGAUUAGGAAUAUUUGUCAUGUCAUCCUUACUUUUAUUUACAAAAUUAUGUUAGGUUUGAUUCUCCUCUGUUUUUGAAAGAUAACAGGUUCUUGCUUCAUCUGUAAAGCUUAGUCUCGGGUUUUGCUUCUGGUAGAGAGGGGAGAGGUGGGGUGUCAUUAUUUGUGAUCUUUGUAGAAUGAAUACUCUGGUUCAAUAGGUUGUGUUCAUCUUUCAUUGGGUUUCAUAGGAAUUAAAAUUAUAUAGUGAAAUUUUCUUUCAAGUUGCCUCAUGGACAUCUUAGUAGGUUAUUGUCGUAACUCAUAAGAGAUGGCAACUGAGGCAGAGCAGCUAAAUUAAAAGUUAGCUGGCAGCCGUUGCAGUUGCUGUCAGACCCCAUUUAUAGGUGGAGGUAUAUCUGGAAAAAUCUUAAUAUUGAAUGAUAAGCUUGCAGAUUUGUUUAAGCUAA